UCCAAAUAUCUAGCUUGUCAUUCCUAUAAAAACUUAUACGGUAAUUAAUUAUACGUGUAUAUUUGACAAGGAAACCAUUGUUUUCCCGGAAAAUCCUCUCAACCCUUGUCUUAAAAUUAAUCUCACGUAGCCAGCCGAGCCGACACAAACAAAAGACUCUUUCAAAAACAUAAACAUUCAACCUCCUACAAUCCCUCACUAUCGAUCUUUUCUCUAAUACCAUUGUCAUUCCCAGUUGUAGCUUCUGGUUUGCCAACCUUAAUUCUCUUUUCGUUUGUUUUCAUAUCUUUCUCCAUCUGUUACAAUCCUUUUCUUCAAAACCCAGAACCCAAAAAUAUUCAUCUCACCCUUGGCCACUCCUCUCAAUUGAUCUUCGUCUCUUAUAAUCUCCUCUCUCUCUCUCUCUCUCUUUCUUCUGUCAUGGGCAACUGUUGCUCUCAAGGCAAGGCCAAUGAUAAUGGUCCGGACACCAUCAAGGGAGGUUCAGCCCAUGAAAACAACUCAGACGACAUUAACAAUAAUAAUAAUAAUGGUCGUGGAAACAAUUCCCAUAAUGCAGGAGCACCUAAUAAUAAGCCGAAUAACCAACCAGCAGCCCCAGCAGGUUCAACCAAGAAUUCGAAGCCUGCCCCGAUAGGCACGGUGUUGGGGCGGCCCAUGGAAGAUGUACGGUCGACCUACAACGUUGGGAAGGAGUUGGGGCGUGGACAGUUUGGGGUGACACAUUUGUGUACUCACAAGGUUAGUGGGGAGCAAUUUGCUUGCAAGACCAUUGCCAAGAGAAAGCUUGUGAAUAAGGAGGACGUUGAGGAUGUGAGGCGAGAGGUUCAGAUUAUGCACCAUUUGACGGGUCAGCCUAACAUUGUUGAGCUUAAAGGAGCUUAUGAGGACAAGCAUUCUGUCCAUUUGGUCAUGGAGUUGUGCGCCGGUGGUGAGCUUUUCGACCGGAUUAUUGCCAAGGGACACUACACCGAGCGAGCAGCUGCUUCCCUGCUCAGGACUAUUGUCCAGAUUGUUCAUACUUGUCAUUCCAUGGGAGUCAUUCAUAGGGAUCUCAAGCCUGAGAAUUUCCUUUUGCUCAACAAGGACGAGAAUUCUCCUCUCAAGGCUACAGAUUUUGGUUUAUCUGUUUUUUAUAAACAAGGAGAGGUCUUCAAAGACAUUGUUGGUAGCGCAUACUACAUUGCUCCUGAAGUCUUAAAGAGAAGAUAUGGGCCAGAAGUUGAUAUAUGGAGUGUUGGGGUCAUGUUAUAUAUUCUUCUAUGUGGUGUCCCACCUUUCUGGGCAGAAUCCGAACAUGGGAUUUUCAAUGCAAUCUUACGUGGUCAUAUUGAUUUCACAAGUGAUCCAUGGCCCUCAAUUUCAACUGGAGCAAAGGAUCUUGUUAGGAAGAUGUUGCAUUCAGAUCCCAAACAGAGAUUGACCGCCUUCCAAGUUCUUACUCAUCCAUGGAUUAAGGAAGGCGGUGAAGCACCAGAUACUCCUCUUGACAACGCUGUACUCAACAGACUCAAACAAUUCAAAGCUAUGAAUCAGUUCAAGAAAGUUGCUUUAAGGGUUAUUGCCGGGUGUCUAUCAGAAGAAGAAAUUAUGGGAUUGAAACAAAUGUUUAAAGGAAUGGAUACUGACAACAGUGGGACCAUAACACUUGAGGAGCUUAAGCAUGGACUAGCCAAACAAGGAACAAAGCUUUCUGAAUUUGAAGUUAAACAAUUGAUGGAAGCUGCUGACGCUGAUGGCAAUGGGACCAUAGAUUACGAUGAGUUCAUUACAGCCACAAUGCACGUGAACCGUAUGGACAGAGAAGAGCAUAUAUAUACUGCCUUCCAACACUUUGACAAAGAUAACAGCGGGUACAUAACGACUGAAGAACUAGAGCAAGCUCUCCGUGAAUUUGGUAUGCACGAUGGAAGGGACAUAAAAGAAAUCAUUUCCGAAGUUGAUGCCGAUAAUGAUGGGCGAAUCAACUAUGAUGAAUUUGUGGCUAUGAUGAGAAAAGGAAACCCAGAUGCUAAUCCUAAGAAGCGACGUGAUGAUGUAUUUGUUUGACUUUGAUUAUGUGUAUGCUGAUGCAAAUUAUUUAUGUAGAUGAGUGGAAGGAAAAAUUUGUUAUACUGAGAAAGAGAGAUGGAAAGAGAGAGAGAGAGAGAGAGAAAACUCGUUCGAUAUUCAUUUACACGUGGAUUUCAUAGGUGGAUCAAUGUUCUUUCUAUGUACAGUACUGACUAUAAAAGAGAAAAAGAAAAGAAAAUUCGGGCAGUAUAGGGGGUAGUGGCUCAAGAAAAACAUAAUAUUGGAUUUUCUUUUUAUUUUAUUUUUUUUUUCAUUUAAGAAAUUGUUUAGGGUUGU